GCUGCGAGUCCUCGCGCUGUAACUGUAUUCAGAGGAAUAAAUGUCGCCUGUCGGAACAUCACCCUCAUCAUCAUCAUCACUGGAUCUGCGACCACGACACGAUGCGCGGAAUUAAACAAUAAAUGCAGCAAAAGCGGAACUGGAAAAUAAAAUCUUUCCAGAUGAGAUUCUCGUUUUGCUCUGCGGUCCAUGCGGGUGACAGAACACAUCUCUCAUCGACAAACAUCCAACGUCAUAAACAUGCAUAUGUGGAUAUUGGCCAUAUCGUCUUUUGCAACGUUUUUCAGCUUCAUUGAGAUGUUUGAUGUUUAUGGAGAUAUAUGUAGAGGUCUGUGCGUGUGUGAGGAGAGAGACGGGAUUCUGACAGCCAGCUGUGAAAACAGAGGAAUAAACAAUCUAUCGGAUGUCACGCCUUUACAGCUGACUUCAUAUCAUCUUCUGCUGGCGGGAAAUCUGCUGAAGAAAAUCUCACUCGAUGAUUUUGUUAGUUAUGAGGGACUCACCAUUUUACAUCUAGGAAACAAUGAUAUAUCGGAGCUCGAACCCGGGGCGUUUAACGGACUCCAGGGAUUAAAGAGACUGCAUCUGAACAAUAAUAAAAUCGAGGCGCUACAGGACGACACGUUUCUUGGACUGGAGAGUCUGGAGUAUCUACAGAUGGACUACAAUUACAUUAGCCACAUUGAACCCAAAGCCCUGAGCAGAUUACAUCAUUUGGAGGUUUUUAUUCUGAACGACAACCUGCUGUCCGCUCUGCCGUUCAAUGUUUUCCAGUUCGUUCCUUUGACUCAUCUCGACCUGAGGGGGAAUCAACUCAAGGUGCUUCCCUACAACGGCCUCCUGGAACACAUGAGUCGCAUCGUGGAGCUCCAGCUGGAAGAAAACCCGUGGAAUUGCUCUUGCGAACUCAUCGCCCUCAAAGCUUGGCUGGAGAGCAUCUCUUACACGCCGUUAGUGGGAGAUGUGGUGUGCGAGACGCCGUUUCGGCUGCACGGACGAGACCUGGACGAGAUCUCCAAACAGGAGCUGUGUCCGCGGAGAGCCAUCGCUGAAUUUGAGAUGCGAGCAGAGCCGGCUCACAGCAGCGAGGUCUUUUACAAAACCACGCCGGCGACAGUGAGGGCUGCCUUCGCUUCCUCAACCGUCUUGCGACCGACGAAAAGCAGCCGUUUGUCCGGGAAGCUACGCGUCAAACCCACUUCACACUCAUCCUCCGGCAAACCGCAGAACUACGGGCCGAUGCUGGCCUACCAGACGAAACCUCCGGUGUCCCUGGACUGCCCGAGCGCGUGCACCUGCAAUCUCCAAAUCUCAGACUUGGGUUUGAACGUUAACUGUCAGGAGAGGAAGAUCGAGAGCAUUUCCGAUCUCAACCCCAAACCGUACAACCCCAAGAAAAUGUACCUGACGGGGAAUUACAUCUCUUCUGUGUGCAGCUCGGACUUCGUCGGGUCUUCGGGGCUAGAUUUGCUUCACCUGGGCAACAAUCGUGUAACCGUCAUUCACGACCGAACGUUCGGUCAGCUGAUACAUCUGAGAAGACUUUACCUGAACGGAAACCUGUUAGAGCGCCUCACCGAGGAGAUGUUCUACGGCCUACAAAGCCUCCAGUUUCUGUAUCUGGAAUAUAACGUCAUCCGAGAGAUCGCGGCCGACGCCUUUCAUCAAGCGCCAAAUCUUCAGCUGCUGUUCCUCAACAACAACCUCCUCAAGAUGUUACCGGUGGGAAUCUUUGACGGAUUAAAUCUAGCUCGGCUGAGUCUGCGCAGCAACCACUUUCGCUCUCUUCCCGUCGGCGGGGUGUUAGAAGAGCUAACGUCGCUCGUGCAAAUAGAUCUGUUCGAGAACCCGUGGGAUUGCUCAUGUCCGGUAUUGGACACGAAGAACUGGUUGGAGCAGCUUGGCGCUGGCACCGUGGUGAACAGCGUCAUCUGCGAAUCUCCGCCGAGGCUCUCGGGAGAAGAUGUGCGGCAUCUUCGCUCCUCUCAUCUCUGCCCAGAAAACUCAAACGUCGAGUCUUCCGACGAGCCGCCCUCGGAGGACUCCUUUCCUGGCAGUACCAUCACCUUAGAAACAGCCUUGGAUUAUGGCACGCAGUCUCCUGCAGUCCCUCUCUCCGUUCUCAUUCUCGCUUUACUGCUCAUUUUUAUAUUAUCGGUUUUUGUUGCCGCCGGGCUCUUCGCUGUCAUCAUGAAACGCCGCAAGAAGUCUGAACGCUUGGCUUCGCUUAAUGCCACCGCCAGCUCCUUCAAUGCCAUCUACCAAGACGGGGCGGCGGGAAAGUCUACCUCCGCGGGCCACGUUUACGAGUACAUACCACCCGCUGUCGGGAGCGUUGCCAAACACCUCCCCUACAGUCCCAGUGAGGGAAAUGAAAUGAAGGGUUACAGAGACUUUGAGGAACUCAGAGCGCUGGCGGCCGGCUCGGAUGAAGAGGUGAGGAGCAAUGCCAUAAGCUCAGAGUUCAGUGCGGGCACUCCGGACGCCCUCAACAGACGCUCCCCGCUUUUAGAUGACAACUACUUUUACAGGGAUAUUCUAGCUAGGGACCAGCAGGCAUCUCACAGGGCUAGUUUAGCAUGCAAACACGGCCCGCCAGACUUUGAUGCCCGACAUCAAUGCGUGAAUCCAGACAGAAAACAGCAGGUGUACUGCACGACACCCGCCGGCGUCUACACAGAGCCCGGACGAAGUGAAUACUGGGAACUGAAGGCAAAGCUGCAUUUCGAACCCGACUAUCUGGAGGUUCACGAGAAGAGAACAACCUUCACCCAGUUUUGAAGUACACGUGUCCUAAUGUUCUUUCAAUUUUGAUGUUUUGGGAUGGGAGAGGACUUUUAUCCGAGAGAUCCCGUCUCCCCAAAACCAAAAGAAAUGCAUGUUUUGCGUAGAUAAAAUCUAUAAAUAAAAGUCUAUUUUUGUACUUUUGGACGUUGUUUUUAUGACAAUUUCUCACCCGAUUAUUCCAAAUUGUAAAAGUCUUUUUUUUUUAAAUGUAUCCGUGUUUGUGAGAUUCUCUUCAAAUUCUCAUCGAUGUGUAUAUAUUCAAAAGAUUUAUUAUGAAACUCCUCCAUCUAUGUGUCAUUUAUUAUGUUGUGUGAGAAUAUUAACAUGACAUCUGACUUUAUAGGAAUAGUUCAUCUUCAAAAUGAAAAUUCUGUUAUUAUUUACACGCCCUCUCGUCGUUUCCUUUAUGACUUUCUUUCUUCUGCGGAACACAAAAGAAGAUAUUUUGAAAACCGUCGGUCCCCAUUGACUUGCAUUGAUUUUGUGUCCAUACAAUAGAAGUCAGGGACCAAUAAUGUUUGGUUACCAACAUUUUUCAAAAUAUCUUUUGUGUCUUGCAGAAGAAAGAAAUGACAACAGGGUGAGCAAACGGUGACUGAAUUUUCUUUACGAAGGUGAACUAUUCCUUCAUUUAAAUCACGCUUUUCUUUAUAAAAAGAGACAAUCUUUUUCUUAUUGUACUCUUAUUUGUGUAUGUAAACAUAUUUCCACGGUUUUCAUAAGCGAUACAGGUGUACUCGUAUCAUGCAUCAGUCCUGCAAAUCUUUGCACUUUUGCACAACUGUUUAAAUUAUAUCUUAAAUUUAUAUCAACAGAUUUUGUAGGAUGUUAAAAACAGGGUAAAAGUGUUUUUUUUCUGAAUAUGCUUUUAAUACGUCCUUUCUCUACGAUGUUUAUGCAGUAAAAGCACAACAUGUAUAGCCUGCAGUCCACAGCCGCUGUGCAAUACUGUCAACUCCCUUUAAAUGUUUUUGGCAUUUGAACGCCCACGUCAACUAAUGAGAAACGCCAUGAACGCGUGGUGGGAGAUGACAACUACAGGGAUGCAGUGUAUAAGCCAAAUAUGAAGUUCCUUCCCCCUCACUAUUCCAAUUUCCAUCAGGUCUGUGAUGCGUGACUCGUGAAGGAAACAACAACCCAGCCCUUCUUUUACGCGAGGGCUUGAUAUUCAGCAGAUGCCAAUGAACAUUUCACGCAGGGCUUUAGGCGGACGGGAGACAUUGUUAUGCAAAAACAGUGCAUAAAUGUUUCUUCUUGUUUUUGUUACUCGUAUAAAAAUCAAAGCUAAUGUUGACAGUACCUAGCAAUUCUUUCAUGCUUUUCUAAGUCACUGUCAUGGCUGCAUAUGGUCGCUGUGCCAUGCUGAAGUUCAUUUCUGCGUGAGUUGAAUGAAUUACAGGCAGUGUUGCUAAACAUGUCUCAUUUUUGUGUUACAGAAUCUCGUAUGUAUGGAACAGAUGGCCUUGAAUUAAAUGUUCAAAUAACAGAGGUUCUUGUUAAAAUGCCAUGGUGGUUUUGAAGCCAAAUCUACCGUGGCCGAGAAGUGCAAAACAAAACAACAAGUUGCAAAACUAAAAACAAAUCUAAAAGCAAAAUCCAAAAAUCCAAAAUCAAAAUGACAAAUCUGAAAACGCAAUAUCAAAUCUAAAAACAGAAUAGCAAAUCUUAAAACACAACAACAAUUCGGGAAACAAAAUAACAAGUCAGAAACCACAUCGACAAGUCAGAAAGCAAAACGACAAGUCAGAAAACACAACGACAAAUCAG